AUGGCGGAUUGGGCAGUGUUGUGGAAGGAGGUGGCGGGGGGCUUCAGGGCCAUGGACCUUGCUGUGGCCAUGAGCGGGCUCUUCCUCUUCAGCUGCGUCGCCCACAGGGCGACACAUAAGGGCCCCAUGCACUGGCCGGUCCUCGGCAUCAUCCCCACCCUCUUCCUCCACCUGAGCAACGUCCACGACUGGAUCACGGCGGCUCUAUCGCACGCCGGCGGCACCUUCUGGUUCCACGGCAUGUGGCUCGGCGGCGCCCACGGCGUCGUCACGGCGGACCCCGCCAACGUCGAAUACAUCCUCCGCACGCGCUUCGCCAACUUCCCCAAGGGUAAGUAUUACAGGGAACGCUUCGUGGACCUCCUCGGCGACGGCAUCUUCAACGCCGACGACGGCGUGUGGCGCGAGCAGCGCCACACUGCCGCCUCGGAAAUGCACUCCGUCCGCUUCGGUUCCUACUCCGCACAGUCGAUCUCGUCUCUCGUACACGGUAAGCUCCUGCGGCUCCUCUCUCGCUUGGCUGCCACCGGCGAGGCCGUGGAUAUACAGGACGUGUUCCUCCGCUUCACCUUCGACAACAUCUGCAUGGCGGCGUUCGGGGUCGACCCGGGUUGCCUCGCCGUUGACCUACCGGAGGUGGGCUUCGCCAGGGCCUUCGAGCGGGCCACAGAGCUGUCCCUGUUCCGCUUUAUCGUUCCGCCGUUCGUGUGGAAGCUCAUGCGCCGGCUCGGCGUCGGCCCCGAGAGGGAGCUCAAGGAAGCCGUCCGAGUCGUCCACGAGUUCGCAGAGAAGACCGUGUUGGACCGUCGCGCCGAGUUCGUCUCCUCGGGGGACCUCCGAGACCGUUCAGAUCUCCUGUCUAGGCUCGUCGAAACCAAGGAAGAACCCGCCGCCGUAGCCGGCGAGAAGUUCCGAUUCUCCGACAAGUUAAUCAAGGACUUCUGCAUCAGCUUCAUACUCGCCGGGAGGGACACCAGCUCGGUGGCACUGGCGUGGUUCUUCUGGCUCAUUCACGACCGGCCCGACGUUGAAUCCCGCAUUCUCGAUGAGAUCCACUCGAUUAUCCGGCAGCGGGAAGAAAAACAAGAAAAACCUGGAGAUCUGGUGUUCGCGGUAGAGGAGCUGGGGAGAAUGGACUACCUUCAGGCGGCUCUGUCGGAGGCGCUGCGGCUGUACCCAUCGGUGCCGAUUGACUUCAAGGAGGCGGUGGAAGACGAUGUCCUCCCGGACGGAAGCCCAGUCAGGAGCGGGGCGAGGGUGAUCUACUCAAUAUACUCCAUGGCGAGGGCGGAAGCGCUGUGGGGAAAGGACUGCCGCGAGUACAGGCCGGAGCGGUGGAUCAGCAAAGAAACGGGGAGAUUCGCGGGGGAGAACCAGUUCAAGUACCCGGUGUUCAACGCUGGACCGAGGCUCUGCGUGGGUAAGAAGUUCGCCUACCUUCAGAUGAAGAUGGUGGCGGCGGCGGUGCUGCUCAGGUACAAGGUGAGGGUGGUGGAGGGGCAGGUGGUCGAGCCCAAGCUGACCACUACCCUCUACAUGAGGAACGGCCUCCUCGUCACCUUCAAACCAAGAGAGAGAAACCUCUCUGACGUCGGGCCUUGA